AUGUCUCAACCACAUCGGAGUGCAGUUUUGAAUCUUUAUAAAACGCUCUUGUAUCUGGGUCGCGACUGGCCUCAGGGUUACGACCUAUUCCGUAAAAGACUUCACAAAGUUUUUACUAAGAAUAGUAGAGAAGAAAAUCCGGAAAAAAUUAAGAUUAUGGUAAAACAUGGAGAGUUUGUUGUUAAAGAAAUUGAAGCACUUUAUAAACUAAAGAAGUAUAGGGCUAUGAAGAAACGGUACUAUGAUGAAAACUGA